UGACUGCCCAUGCCCCCAAGAGAGAUGGCACCCACCCGAACACGGUCCUGCCCCCUGCUGCUGCUCCUGCUGCUGGCACUGUGGGUGGCCCAGCACCCUGUCAGCGCCAAGCCCAAGAAUAUGACCUCAGCUCAAUGGUUUGAAACUCAGCACGUGCAGCUGAGCCCAAAGAGAUGCAACAUGGCCAUGAGACCCAUCAACCAGGACAAGAAACGCUGCAAGAACCUUAACACCUUCCUGCACGAACCCUUCUCCAGUGUGGCCAACACCUGUCAGAUCCCCAACAUAGCCUGCAAGAAUGGGUGGGAUAACUGCCACCAGAGCCCAGAGCCAGUGUCCUUGACCAACUGUCAUCUAGUCUCAGGGAUGUACCCUGACUGCAACUACAAAGAUAAGCAAGGGCAAAUGAACGCGUCCUUCAUCAUUGCCUGUGACCCUCCUGAAGAAAGGGACCCUUGGAAGUUGCCGCUGCUUCCUGUGCACCUCGACAAAGUCAUUUAGGUCUCCAGCCCUCCUCCCACUUGAGCUGUGCCUGGAAUCUUUACCAGGGCUCAGCACCACUCCUAAGCCCAGAACGUUCUCUCCCUUCAUCUUCCGGGCCCCUCCUAGCUUAAGCUCCUCUGAGACUGAGGUGAGAGGAGGCUGACACCUCAGGAGACGGAGCUCCAGAACAGCUCCAGUUCUUUUUUGUGGCUUCUCUCCUAGAGUGGGUCUGAGCGAGUGACAGGGAAUAUGGGUUUCCUGGUCUGUGUCUUUGUACAUCUCUCUCCAUUGCCCCGCCUUCUC